AUGGACGACCUGCGGGUGGAAUGGAUGCGGGACCGGGUGUACGUCGCCUUUCAGAUCACCGACCCGGAGUAUUUCCUCGAGCUGAUGAACCGGAACGACGGCGAGGCCGAGGACGGGAUUCUGCACUUCUUGAACCAGAGCACAGACGAAGAGGGCGCCGCGUCGAUCUUCUUCUACCGCCUCUUGGUGCCCGAGGAGGUGGAAGUGGAGAUAGAAGUUUCAUCAUGGGAAGAUGAGGAAGAGGAGGAAGAGUUAGGCAGCCAGACUUCCAGAAUAACAUCAGCGGACAGAAGUACAGCCCAGCAGUCUAUCCCUAGGAGUGAAUUGACUCUUCAGACGACUUCAAAUACAGAGCAAGAAGUAGCGGAGAAGCCCCCGGUCAAGAAAAUCACCAAGCAGAUAGUUGAAAGACUGUACCUUCAGGUGUGUUAUGAUUCUAUUCCCGAAGAAUUUCUGAAUCAAAAUAUCGUUUUCUUUCUCAGAAAUACAAAAGAGACCAUUAAUGAAGCUAAUGAUAUGAAAGAAGCUGUGGAGUUGAUGCCAGAAAGAUUGGAGUAUGGCGUCCUUAAUGGGCACAUUCUACAUAUGCUUAAGGAUCUUUUGCUUCAUGUGUUUACACCAGCGCUCUCCUUCAAUCAACACAAGGCAGAACCUCCAGUACCACUUGUCCCUCCAGGAGAUCUGACACCUCCUGAAAGCUCCACCGUUGAGAAACUCUCAGGGGAGGCCAUCGAAUACCACAGUGUCCAACUAAUACGGGAUGAGUUCCUCAUGAACAUGCAGAAAUUCACCAACAAUAUUCAGAGAACUAUACAGCAACUAGAAGGAGAGAUCAAGUUGGAGAUGCCAGUGAUCAGUAUGGACAGGGAAGUGUGGGAGAUGGCUGCUGACUCAGAUGCGGUGGAUAGCUUGGAGCAAUGUGUGAUCAACUGGCUAAGUCAGAUCUCCUCUGCCAUAGAGGGACAGUUGAAAAAGACGCCUCAGGGUAAAGGCCCAUUGGCAGAAAUAGAAUUCUGGAGGGAAAGAACAGCGACCUUCAGCGCUCUCCACGAGCAGACCAGGCUGCCCAUAGUGAAAAAAGUCAUCGAGGUCAUCAAAGAGGCCGACUCCAUGCUCCUGGCCAACCUGCAGCCCGUCUUGAACGAGCUGUACAAGUUUCACGUCGAGGCUUCAGACAACGUUCGCUUCCUCUCCACCGUGGAGCGCCAUUUCAAGAAUUUAACCCACGGAGUUGGAUUUAACAUCAUUCUGGAAACACUUCCUUCCAUGAUGAGUGCUCUGAGAAUGGUGUGGAUCAUCUCCAGGCACUAUAAUAAAGACGAGCGGAUGAUCCCUCUCAUGGAGAGGAUAGCCUGGGAGAUUGCAGAGAGGGUGUGCCGAGUUGUGAAUUUAAGGACUUUGUUCAAAGAGAGUCGAGCAUCGGCACAAACCAAGGUGGCUGAGGCUAAGAGCACUCUUCUGUUGUGGAAAAAAUCUUAUUUUGAUGUCCGAGCCAAAAUCGAAGCGUCUGGAAGAGAACCACGUUGGGAAUUUGAUAGGAAACGUUUAUUUGAAAGAACAGAUUACAUGGCUACAAUCUGUCAGGAUCUGUAUGAUGUUUUACAGGUUAUUGAGGAAUUUUACAACAUAUUUGGUCCAGAACUGAAAGCAGUGACCGGGGAUCCGAAGCGUAUUGAUGAUGUCCUGUGUAGGGUUGAUGGGCUUGUCAGUCCCAUGGAAGUACUAACCUUUGACCCCUUUAGCAUCAAGUGUUCCCACUUCUGGAAGUAUGUUAUGGAAGAUUUCAAGAUUGAAGUCCUGGUUAUUGAGAAAGAAGCAAAGAACUUUAUUGAUGAAUCCUUUAAGACUCUUCGCUCCGCAGAAGCUGCUUUUGACAUGCUCUUAAAGUUCAAGCAUAUUCGCUCCCGGGAGGCUAUAAAUAAGCAGAUGAUGAUGAAAUUCAAUGAUAUUUUGGCACAAUACUGUAAAGAGGUUGACAUAAUUAAUCGCUUAUUUGUUCUGAAUCUUGAAAACCCACCCUUAUACAAGAAUCAUCCUCCACUGGCUGGUGCAAUAUAUUGGGAGCGAUCUCUCUUCUUCCGGAUUAAGCACACUAUCCUUCGGUUUCAGGAAGUGGAGGAGAUGUUGGACAGUGAGAGAGGACGGGAAGUAAAACAAAAAUAUCUGGAAGUGGGUAGGAGGAUGAAGGAAUAUGAAGAUAGGAAAUAUGAGCAGUGGAGAGAUUGGACAGAGCAGACUUUACCGUCCCUUCUGAAAAAAAGCCUUCUUGCCAAAGCAAAUUUGGUCAAUGAUGAUGUUGAGGCUACCACAGACAAGGGGAUUUACUUUGUUAUCAAUUUUUCUCCUGCUCUUAAAGAGAUUAUUAAUGAAACAAAAUACAUGGAACAGCUGGGGUUUAUUGUGCCUGAAUUAGCAAGGAAUGUCGCACUUCAGGAAGACAAGUUUCUUAGGUACACAGAAGGAAUAAGGCAUAUGUUGGAUCAUUAUUAUACACUUUUGGGAACAUUAAAUGAGGCAGAGUCGACUCUUCUUGAAGAACAAUCCCAGGAAUUAGGGAGAGUAUUCAGGGCUGGAUAUAAAAGAUUGAACUGGAAUUCACUGGGUAUCGCUGACUACCUCGGUCGGUGUAAGGAAGCCAUGGGGAAAUUUCAGUCUCUUGUACACCAGAUUCAUAAAAAUUCUGAUGAUAUCACAUCCAUGCUUGGAUUAAUAGAAACAGCAAAUCUCUUUAAAUUCCCAGCUCCUAAAAAUGAUAAAGAGCUUCCUGGUGUGAAGGAAUUCUUUGAAUGUAUCGAACGUGAAAGAGCCAAAGAUAUAGAACACAUGGUCAGAAAAUACCUUGCUAUAGGACCCCUGCUCACCAAAGUGGAGGGCCUAGUGAUCCACACAAACACAGGCAAAGCCCCCAAACUGGCUCCUUACUAUUUGUAUUGGGAAAAUAAAAUUUAUGAAGCCUUGACAAGAUUAGUCCUAAAGAAUUUGCAGUCAUUCAAUACUUUGGUUCUUGGGAAUGUCCCUUUAUUCCAAACUGAAACGAUUUUAAGUGCUCCUGAGAUAAUUCUUCAUCCCAGUGCGAAUGAGAUAGACAAAUUAUGUGUCCACUGUGUCAGAGACUGUGUAGAAGUUACAAAGCAUUUUGUCCGAUGGAUGAAUGGCACCUGCAUUGAGUGUCCCCCCCAAAAAGGCGAGGAGGAGGAGCUUGUUGUACUGAGUUUUUAUGACGACGUGUUCCUGAACCCCCAGAUCAUGGAGCAGGCCAUCAUGAUCCCCCAGAACGUGCACAGGGUCCUGGUCAGCCUCAUGAAAUACCUGAAUAAGUGGAAACGCUACCGGCCCCUUUGGAAGCUGGACAAGGCCAUCGUCAUGGAGAAGUUUGCCGCUAAGAAGCCCCCCUGUGUGGCCUAUGAUGACAAGCUGCAGUUCUACUCCAAGAUCGCCAAUGAGGUGACGCAGCAGGCCCUGAUCAAGGAUGAGCAGUGUAUCCGCCUCCAGCUGGGGCCGCUGGCCUACACGGUGCGGGAGAGUGCCAAGUCCUGGAUUAUUUCUCUGGGGAAGCUUCUUAACGACUCAGCCAGGGAAAAGCUGUUCCUUCUCCACGAGGAGCUCGAGACGUUGGCAAAAAAUCUCAAGAGGCCUCCCACCAGUCUUGAAGACCUCAAAUUUGUCCUUGCAACAAUUGCUGAAAUUAGAAGCAAAUCGUUUUUAGUGGAACUGAGAUUUAAGGAUAUUCAAGAAAGAUACCGGACCAUGGCAAUGUAUGACCUCUAUCCUGGUGAAGCCGAGGGGGAGCUAGCUUCACAAAUUGAGGAUAUAUGGAAAAAUCUGUUUGCAGAGUCAGUGGAAGUUGAACACUCUCUUGGGGGCAUAAAGAAGACCUUUACAGAGAUCACUCGAACUGAAAUUGUAGAUUACAGUCGUGAGAUACAGGACUUUGCGAAACGUUUUUAUAAGGAAGGCCCUGGUUCAGUUGGUGAGGAUCUUGAUAAAGGAAUGGAACUCUUAGCUAUGUUCGAGAAGGAGUUGGUGAAGCAUGAAAGAAACCGGCAGGAGCUGGCUAAUGCCGAAAAGCUCUUUGAUCUUCCAAUUACAAUGUAUCCAGAACUGUUGCAAGUACAGAGGGAAAUAGCCGGACUGAGGCAAAUCUAUGACAUUUAUAACGCACAGAAGGCUGCCAAAGAAGAGUGGUCUCAGGCACUGUGGGCUAACCUGAACGUUCAGUUUCUCCAGGAAGGAAUUGAUGGCUUCCUCAAAGCCCUCAGAAAACUUCCCAGGCACGUGCGGAGCCUGACAGUCGCUUUUUAUUUGGAAUCCAAAAUGAAGGCGUUUAAAGAUUCCAUUCCUUUGCUGCUGGACUUGAAGAAUGAAGCUCUGAGAGAGAGACACUGGAAAGAACUUAUGGAAAAAACUGGCAUAUUUUUUGAGAUGACAGCUACAUUCACGCUGGAAAACAUGUUUGCCAUGGAACUUCACAAGCAUACAGAUGUUAUCCAAGAGAUUGUGGUUUGUGCUGUCAAGGAAAUCACCAUUGAGAAGGGUGUCAAGGACAUAUUAGACACGUGGGAAAACAUGAAAUUUUCUGUCAUUAAGUACUUUAAAGGAACUCAGGAGCGAGGAUACAUUCUGGGAUCAGUAGAUGAGAUCAUUCAGUGCCUUGAUGACAACACUGUCAACCUUCAGAGCAUUUCAGGAAGCAGAUUUGUGGGGCCCUUUCUGACGACCGUGCACAAAUGGGAAAAAACUCUCUCCUUAAUUGGUGAAGUUAUUGAGAUAUGGAUGGUGGUCCAGAGGAAGUGGAUGUAUCUUGAAAGCAUAUUUAUUGGUGGAGAUAUACGGUCACAGCUACCGGAUGAGGCAAAGAAAUUUGACAACAUUGACAGAGUCUUUAAAAGGAUCAUGACCGAGACCUGGAAAGACCCCGUGAUCAAGAAGUGCUGUGAAGCUCCGAACCGGCUGACCGACUUGCAGAACAUAAAUAACGGACUUGAGAAAUGCCAGAAAAGCUUGAAUGACUAUCUGGACUCCAAGAGAAACGCCUUCCCGAGGUUCUUCUUCAUCUCCGACGACGAGCUGCUCAGCAUCCUGGGUAGCAGCGACCCGCUCUGUGUCCAGGAGCACAUGAUAAAGAUGUAUGAUAAUAUAGCAUCACUGAAAUUUCAAGACGGUGAUAGUGGUGAAAAACUGGUGACCGCGAUGAUUUCGGCAGAACAAGAAAUAAUGAAUUUCCGAAAGAUAUUGAGGGCUGAAGGGCGCGUGGAGGACUGGAUGACGUCAGUUUUACAUGAAAUGAGAAGAACAAAUAGAUUAAUUACCAAAGAAGCUAUUUUUAGAUACUGUGAAGACAGAAGCAGAGUUGAGUGGAUGUUGCUCUACCAAGGCAUGGUGGUGCUGGUUGCCAGCCAAGUGUGGUGGACUUGGGAGGUGGAAGAUGUCUUUCGAAAAGUAAAGCAAGGAGAAAAACAGGCAAUGAAAAGCUAUGGCCAGAAAAUGCACCAGCAGAUUGAUGAACUGGUAACUCAGAUCACCAAACCAUUAAGUAAAAAUGACAGAAAAAAAUACAACACGGUUCUCAUCAUUGAUGUGCAUGCCAGAGACAUAGUUGAUUCAUUUAUAAGAGGCAGUAUUCUUGAAGCUCGGGAAUUUGAAUGGGAAAGUCAGUUGCGCUUCUAUUGGGAUCGAGAACCAGAUGAAUUGAACGUCCGUCAAUGUACUGGAACUUUUGGCUAUGGUUAUGAGUAUAUGGGUCUGAAUGGACGUUUGGUUAUCACGCCAACUACAGACCGCAUCUAUCUGACACUUACCCAGGCAUUGUCCAUGUAUUUGGGUGGGGCACCAGCAGGUCCAGCAGGGACAGGCAAAACAGAGACCACCAAAGACCUCGCCAAAGCCUUGGGCUUGCUUUGUGUUGUAACCAACUGCGGGGAAGGCAUGGAUUACAAAGCUGUUGGGAAGAUUUUCUCGGGCCUGGCCCAGUGCGGUGCUUGGGGCUGUUUUGACGAGUUUAAUCGCAUUGACGCCUCUGUGCUGUCAGUCAUCUCUUCCCAGAUUCAGACCAUCCGAAACGCUCUGAUUCAUCACCUGACAACAUUUCAGUUUGAAGGCCAAGAAAUUUCCCUGGAUCCUCGCAUGGGCAUCUUCAUUACUAUGAAUCCGGGGUAUGCUGGCCGGACAGAACUCCCGGAGUCUGUGAAGGCUUUGUUCAGGCCUGUGGUUGUAAUUGUGCCAGACCUCCAACAGAUCUGUGAGAUCAUGCUCUUCUCCGAGGGAUUUCUUUUGGCAAAGACGCUGGCCAAAAAGAUGACUGUGCUGUACAAACUGUCCCGGGAGCAGCUGUCCAAACAACACCACUAUGACUUUGGACUGAGGGCUCUUAAGUCAGUGUUAGUGAUGGCUGGUGAACUGAAGAGAGGGUCUUUUGAACUAAGAGAGGAUGUGGUCCUGAUGAGGGCUCUCAGAGACAUGAAUCUGCCCAAGUUCGUGUUUGAAGAUGUUCCUCUUUUCCUUGGUUUGAUUUCUGAUUUGUUUCCCGGGCUCGACUGUCCUCGAGUUCGCUACCCCAGUUUCAACGAUGCAGUAGAACAAAUCCUAGAGGACAAUGGUUACAUCGUCUUACCGGUUCAGGUGGAUAAAGUGGUUCAGAUGUAUGAGACCAUGUUAACCCGCCAUACCACUAUGGUGGUUGGACCCACCGGAGGUGGCAAAUCGGUCGUCAUCAACACUUUAUGCCAGGCCCAGACGAAGCUUGGCUUAGUGACGAAGAUCUAUACGCUAAACCCCAAGGCAAUGAGUGUGAUAGAAUUAUACGGCAUUUUGGAUCCUGCUACCCGAGACUGGACAGAUGGCGUGUUGUCAAACAUCUUCAGGGAGACCAAUAAACCAACUGACAAGAAAGAGAGAAAAUACAUUUUAUUUGAUGGUGAUGUGGACGCACUCUGGGUAGAAAACAUGAAUUCUGUGAUGGAUGACAACAAGCUGUUGACCUUGGCCAAUGGAGAGCGCAUCCGACUUCAGGCUCAUUGUUCUCUGUUGUUUGAGGUUGGGGACUUACAGUAUGCUUCCCCUGCCACUGUCUCUCGAUGUGGGAUGGUUUAUGUUGAUCCUAAAAACCUGAAAUACGAGCCUUUCUGGAUGAUGUGGGUUAACCGGAUCAACAACAAGCAAGAGCAGAGAGAUCUGCAGCAGCUCUACAACAAAUACGUCCCCUACCUCAUUGACAUGAUUGUGGAGGGGAUGCUCGAUGGCAGGCAAGGAGAGAAGCUCAAGACCAUAGUGCCUCAGACAGACCUCAAUAUGGUGACUCAGUUGACCAAGAUGUUGGAUGCCUUACUCGAGACAGAAAUAGAAGACCCCGACCUCUUGGAAUGUUACUUCUUGGAGUCUCUCUACUGCUCCUUGGGGGCCUCCCUCCUGGAUGAUGGCAGACUGAAAUUUGAUGAAUGUGUUAAACGAGUUUCCUCCAUGUCAACAGUGACUGAUGAGGAAGUCUGGGCCAGACCUGGUGAACUCCCAGGUCAGCUUCCAACACUGUAUGACUUUCAUUUUGAUGGCAAGCAGAAGAAAUGGAUCCCAUGGAAUAAAUUAGUUCCUGAAUACAUUCAUAACCCAGAACAGAAAUUUAUUGACAUCCUGGUUCACACAGUGGAUACCACCCGUACAACCUGGUUGCUGGAACAAAUGGUUAAAAUUAAGCACCCUGUUAUUUUUGUGGGUGAAUCUGGUACCUCUAAGACAGCCACUACCCAGAACUUCCUAAAGAAUCUGAACCAAGAGCUCAAUAUUGUGCUCAUUGUUAAUUUCUCCUCCCGUACCACAUCCAUGGAUAUCCAAAGGAAUUUGGAGGCAAAUGUUGAGAAGAGAACUAAAGACACUUACGGACCUCCCAUGGGGAAACGUCUCCUGGUAUUCAUGGAUGACAUGAAUAUGCCCAAGGUUGAUGAGUAUGGCACACAGCAGCCAAUUGCUUUGCUGAAGCUUCUUUUGGAGAAGGGUUUCCUGUAUGACCGUGGGAAGGAGAUGAAUUGUAAAGUUCUUCGAGACCUCGGAUUCAUUGCUGCAAUGGGAAAGGCUGGAGGGGGUCGGAAUGAAGUUGAUCCAAGAUUUAUUUCUCUCUUCAAUGUUUUCAACGUGCCAUUUCCUUCGGAAGAGUCUUUGCGUCUCAUUUAUGCCUCCAUCUUGAAAGGCCAUACCAAGGUGUUUGCGGAGGCGAUCGCCGCUGUGAGUGACUUGAUGACCUUCUGCACGCUGCAGCUUUACCAGAUGAUUGUCCAGGACCUUCCUCCCACACCCUCCAAGUUUCAUUACAUCUUUAACCUUCGGGAUCUCUCUCGAGUAUUCAAUGGUCUUGUCCUCACCAACCCAGAGCGGUUUCAGACAGUAUCACAGAUGGUGAGAGUCUGGAGAAAUGAGUGUUUGAGAGUUUUCCAUGACAGAUUAAUUAACGAAUAUGACAAGACUUUGGUACAAGAUCAUAUCCAGGCUUUGGUUCAGGAACAUUUCCCAGAAGACUUGGAAUUUGUCAUGAGAGAUCCUAUACUCUUUGGAGAUUUUAGGAUGGCCUUGAAUGAAGAAGGGCCUCGGAUUUAUGAAGACAUCCAAGAUUAUGAAGCUGCAAAAGCUCUUUUCCAGGAGAUUCUUGAAGAGUAUAAUGAAAACAACACCAAGAUGAACCUGGUGCUCUUUGAUGAUGCUCUGGAGCACCUGAUUCGAGUCCACCGAAUUAUUCGAAUGGAUGGGGGCCACGCGCUGCUGGUUGGGGUGGGGGGCUCUGGAAAGCAGUCCCUGGCGAGGCUGGCCGCAUUCACGGCAGGCUGUGAGGUGUUUGAAAUUGUUUUGAAUCGAGGCUAUUCUGAAACGAAUUUCCGAGAGGAUCUCAAGAGCCUCUACAUAAAACUUGGAAUUGAGAACAAGUUAAUGAUUUUCUUAUUCACAGAUGCCCAUGUGGCAGAGGAGGGUUUCUUGGAGCUCAUCAACAACAUGUUAACAUCAGGAAUCGUGCCAGCACUUUUUCCUGAUGAUGAAAAAGACUCCAUUCUAAGUCAAAUUGGACAAGAAGCUGUCAAGGCUGGUGUAGGAUUGGCUAAAGAAAGUGUCUGGCAGUAUUUUGUCAAUAAGAGUGGAAAUAACCUUCACAUUGUCCUUGGCAUGUCUCCAGUUGGUGAGAUGCUGAGAACACGGUGUCGAAAUUUUCCAGGGCUGGUAAAUAAUACAGGCAUUGACUGGUACUUACCAUGGCCACCUCAAGCCUUAUUUGCUGUUGCCCAUUCGUUUUUAGGGGAGAAUCCAAUGAUUCCGCCCGAUUACACAGAAGACGUGGUAGGACAUAUUGUUAUGGUCCAUGAGUCUGUUGGCGAGUUCAGCAAAAAAUUCCUCCAAAAACUGAGGCGAAGCAACUACGUCACUCCCAAGAACUACCUUGAUUUUAUCAGUACUUAUUCCAAGUUACUAGAUGAAAAAACUCAAUUCAACAUAGCACAGUGCAAACGUCUGGAAGGAGGACUGGAUAAGCUGAAAGAAGCCACCAUUCAGCUGGAUGAGCUGAACGUGAAGCUGGCAGAGCAGAAGAUCGUCCUGGCCGAGAAGUCAGCUGCCUGUGAGGCUUUGUUGGAGGAGAUCUCGACGAACACGGCAAUAGCGGAGGAAAAGAAGAAACUCGCCGAAGAGAAGGCCACGGAGAUAGAGGAGCAGAAUAACAUCAUCGCCGUGGAAAAAGCGGAGGCCAAGACGGCCUUGGAUGAAGCAAUGCCCAUCUUGGAAGCGGCCAAGCUGGAGCUGCAGAAGCUGGACAAGUCCGACGUCACAGAGAUCAGGUCUUUUGCUAAGCCUCCUAAACAGGUGCAAACUGUUUGUGAGUGUAUUCUGAUUGUGAAGGGGUACAAGGAACUCAACUGGAAGACGGCCAAAGGCAUGAUGUCUGACCCGAACUUCCUGAGGUCUCUCAUGGAGAUGGACUUUGAUUCAAUUAGUCAGAGCCAAGUCAAGCACAUCCGAGGGCUCUUAAAGACUCUUAAUACAACCUUUGAAGAAAUGGAGGCCGUAAGCAAAGCUGGGCUGGGCAUGCUGAAGUUUGUGGAAGCCGUGAUGGGGUACUGUGAUGUUUUUAAAGAAAUCAAACCCAAAAGAGACAAGGUGGCAAGGCUGGAGAGGAACUAUUUCCUCAGUAAGAGAGAACUGGAAAGAAUUCAGAACGAGCUGGCCACACUUCAGGCCGAACUGGAAGCGUUGGGAGCCAAAUAUGAGGCAGCCAUAUUGGAAAAGCAACAGCUCCAGGAAGAAGCCGAGAUCAUGGAAAGGCGGCUGAUUGCUGCCGACAAGCUGAUUUCUGGCUUGGGCUCAGAAAACGUGAGAUGGAUGACUGACUUGGAUGAGCUGAUACACCGGAGAUUCAAGUUGUUGGGCGACUGUCUGCUCUGCUCAGCCUUCCUGAGCUACGAAGGGGCCUUCAACUGGGAGUUUCGAAAUGAGAUGGUCAAUGUGGUGUGGCAAGGAGAUUUACUGGAACGGGAAAUUCCUCUGAGCCAGCCUUUUCGACUAGAAAGCUUGCUCACGGAUGACGUAGAGAUCAGUAGGUGGGGCUCCCAGGGCCUGCCUCCUGAUGAGCUAUCUGUUCAGAACGGCAUUCUCACCACUCGAGCUAGUCGCUUUCCUCUGUGUAUCGAUCCCCAGCAGCAAGCCCUCAACUGGAUAAAGAGAAAAGAAGAGAAAAAUAACCUCCGGGUUGCUUCUUUUAAUGACCCCGAUUUCCUCAAACAGCUUGAAAUGUCCAUAAAGUACGGUACCCCUUUCUUGUUCCAAGAUGUGGAUGAAUAUAUUGACCCAGUGAUUGAUAACGUAUUGGAAAAAAAUGUGAAAAACAUUCAGGGACGACAGUUCAUCAUAUUGGGGGACAAAGAAGUUGACUAUGAUGUGAAUUUCAAACUCUACCUGAACACCAAACUGGCCAAUCCCAAAUAUUCUCCAUCCGUGUUUGGAAAAGCCAUGGUGAUCAACUACACCGUCACAUUGAAAGGCCUCGAGGACCAGCUGCUCAGCGUCAUCGUGGCCUACGAGAGAAGAGAGCUGGAGGAGCAGAGAGAGCACCUCAUCCAGGAGACGAGCGAGAACAAAAACCUGCUGAAAGACCUGGAAGACUCCCUCCUCCGAGAGCUGGCGACGUCCACGGGCAACAUGUUGGAUAACGUGGACCUGGUGCAGACGCUCGAGGAGGCAAAGAUGAAAGCCACCGAGGUAUCAGAGAAACUAAAAUUGGCUGAAAAGACAGCAGUGGACAUUGACCGACUGCGUGACGGCUACCGGCCUGCUGCCAAGAGGGGCGCCAUCUUGUUCUUUGUUUUAUCAGAAAUGGCACUCGUGAACACCAUGUAUCAGUAUUCGUUGUCCGCCUUCUUAGAGGUCUUCACUUUCUCACUUAAGAAAUCUUUGCCUGAUUCUUAUCUUUCAAGGAGGUUAAAAAACAUUAUGGACACUCUAACUUUCAACAUCUACAACUACGGCUGCACAGGGUUAUUUGAAAGACACAAGCUGCUCUUUUCUUUUAAUAUGACCAUCAAGAUAGAGCAAGCGGAUGGCAGAGUCCCUCAGGACGAGCUGGAUUUCUUUUUGAAAGGAAACAUUUCCCUGGAGAAGAACAAGCGAAAAAAGCCUUGCACUUGGCUGGCUGAUCAGGGCUGGGAAGACAUUAUGCUUUUAUCUGAGCUAUUUCCAGACACCUUUGGGAGACUUCCUGACGAUGUAGAGAAGCAGAGUCACAUCUGGAAGGAGUGGUAUGACCUGGAUUCACUGGAACAGUUUCCAUUCCCCCUGGGCUAUGACAGCCGUGUGACUGAUUUUGAGAAGCUGCUUCUUCUGCGAUGUUUCCGAGUGGACCGGGUAUAUCGGGCAGUUACUGAUUAUGUGACUGUGACCAUGGGGGAAAAGUAUGUUCAACCCCCAAUGAUCAGCUUUGAAGCCAUUUUUGAACAGAGCACUCCAAAUUCACCCAUUGUUUUCAUUCUGAGUCCUGGCUCAGACCCUGCCAGUGAUCUGAUGAAAUUAGCUGAUAGAUGUGGCUUUGGAGGAAAUCGUCUCAAAUUCCUUGCAAUGGGUCAAGGCCAAGAGAAGGUGGCAUUGCAUCUGCUGGGGACCGCUGUGGCCCGGGGUCAGUGGCUGAUGCUGCAGAACUGCCACCUCCUUGUCAAAUGGCUUAAGGACCUGGAGAAGUCUCUGGAGAGAAUCACAAGGCCCCACCCAGACUUCCGCCUGUGGCUCACCACUGACCCCACUAAAGGCUUUCCCAUCGGAAUCCUGCAGAAGUCCUUAAAGGUGGUCACCGAGCCACCCAACGGCCUGAAGUUGAACAUGAGGGCGACCUACUUCAAGAUCUCCCAUGAGAUGCUGGAUCAGUGUCCUCACCCUGCCUACAAGUCCCUGAUCUACGUGCUGGCCUUCUUCCAUGCAGUCGUGCAGGAGAGAAGAAAGUUUGGCAAGAUCGGCUGGAACGUGCCCUAUGACUUCAAUGAGUCUGAUUUCCAGGUCUGCAUGGAGAUCUUGAACACAUACUUGACAAAAGCCUUCCAACAAAAUGACAACAAAAUCCCCUGGGGGAGUCUCAAGUAUCUCAUUGGAGAGGUCAUGUAUGGAGGCCGGGCUAUCGACAGCUUUGACCGGCGCAUCCUGACCAUCUACAUGGACGAGUAUCUAGGGGAUUUCAUCUUUGACACGUUCCAACCGUUCCACUUCUUCCGGAAUAAGGAAGUAGAUUAUAAAAUCCCAGAGGGUGAAACCAAGGAGCAUUUUGUAGAAGCAAUUGAGUCGCUUCCCCUCGCCAACACACCAGAGGUGUUUGGGCUCCAUUCAAACGCUGAGAUUGGAUACUACACCCAAGCUGCUCGGGCCAUGUGGUCUCACCUGUUGGAAUUACAGCCACAGACAGGGGAAUCUGUCACUGGCAUCGGCCGGGAGGAUUACAUCACCCAGGUUGCCCGGGACAUCGAAAACAAAAUGCCCAAAGUGUUUGACUUGGACAGUAUCCGCAAACACCUGGGACUGGGCAUCUCUCCCACGACGGUGGUGCUGCUGCAGGAGCUGGAGCGUUUCAACAAACUGACCAUCCGCAUGACGAAAUCUCUGGCUGAACUCCAGAGGGCCUUGGCUGGGGAAGUCGGCAUGAGCAAUGAACUGGAUGAUGUUGCCCGGGCCCUUUUUAUUGGUAACAUCCCAGGCAUCUGGAGGAAACUCGCCCCUGACACCUUGAAGACCCUUGGAAACUGGAUGGUGUACUUCCUGCGGAGAUUUGCUCAGUACACGACUUGGGUAAGGCGUGGUGACCCCAACGUGAUGUGGCUGUCAGGGCUACACGUCCCCGAGUCCUAUCUCACAGCUCUGGUUCAGGCCACCUGUCGGAAGAAUGGCUGGCCCCUGGAUCGCUCCACCUUGUUUACCCAAGUGACCAAAUUCCAGGAUGCAGACGAGGUGACUGAACGAGCAGGACAAGGAUGCUUUGUGUCGGGGCUGUAUCUAGAAGGUGCUGACUGGGACAUUGAGAAAGGCUGCCUUAUUAAGAGCAAACCCAAAGUCCUGGUGGUGGACCUGCCCGUUCUGAAGAUAAUCCCCAUCGAAGCGCAUCGUCUCAAACUACAGAAUACUUUCCGGACACCUGUCUACACCACAUCCAUGAGAAGGAAUGCAAUGGGAAUUGGCUUAGUUUUUGAAGCAGAUCUCUUCACCACAAGGCACAUUUCACACUGGGUGCUACAAGGAGUGUGCCUCACCUUGAAUUCUGAUUAGCUCUUGAAUGGGAGAAACUGGAUUUCCAGUUCUAAGUUUCGAUGGUGGCAAUGGAUAUUCUGGGAACUCAUGAAGAACCAGAAAACCUGGAAUCAUUCUCCAGGCAUUGAGGCGCACUUGUGUGUAUUUUUGCAGUACAGGAGAGAUUGUCAUUGAUGGUUUUGCAAUCUGAAAAUAAAUGUUUAACUUUUCCCAAGAAUAAUUCACUAACAUCAAUCAAGGGGAGGUGGUUUCAUUUACUUUGUAAUUUCUUUCAUUAUGAUUUGCUGUGUUUGGCAAAUAAACACAAUCAAAGGA